UAGUGUUGACGGAAGAAUAAGUAGUUGGACGCCAACGAAUGAGUCCAGCAGAAGGCUUGAGAUCUGUAGUGCUGAAGCUGAUGUCGCGACAAUGAGUGGCACAGUGCGGAAGAUUUCCCUGACCUCUGACCCCCAGGCCUCCUACUUUCUGCAAGUGGACUGGUCCGUGGACCUGACCUCAGGAUUUACGCUCAUGCUCACUGAUGGGAGGUCUGCGUGGAUUGGUGAAGUCUCCGAAGACGAGGUGAUGAUGGAAGCCAAGGGCAUGGGGGUCUCCAGAGAGAGCUAUUUGAAGGAUCUGCAGCAGGCGCUUACAGGAUGUGAUGGAGGAGCUGGAGACGUCAAACAGACGUAUUCUUUCCAACUCUCGCCAGAUCAUUGUCGACUCUCGUAUCACAAGCUCUGUGAUGGCGCUAUGGUCCAGGUGGGAUCUGUAGACCUCCAGCCCGCCCGGGACCCCGUACCGAUGAACCGUGAAAUGAUCGCUCAGUCUCUGAAACACACUGCGCAACUGGUGAAGGAAAACGUCGCUCUGCUGGAGGAGAACCGCAAGCUGAAACUGAUCCACAAGCGAAUACUGGCUGACUUUAAUCAACUGGUCCAGGAGAAGGAGACGACAGAGAAGAAACUGUACUCCUGUUUUGUCACAGUAAUGAAGGAGAAGAAGGUAAAGAUCAGGAGCCUGAAGGACGAACUCAGCCAGCUCGAGAGGCAAAAGAAACGCAGAAAAAGUCAAGAAGAUGGAAGUGAAGAAACAAGCGAAAGCAUUCAUCCGUCUCUGGCACCGACCAUCAUCACUCCAGGUCAUGAUCUGACCUGUCAUGGCAUCACUGUGGAGCCAUCGGAUGAUGGGCAGGAACAGUACGACAGCCAAGACCUGGGAGCCUCUGAUGUGGAGUGAGACCUCAGGUUGCUGCUUGUUUUAUUGUCUCUGAUAUAAACAAAGAAACCCUACAAUGCAAACAAAAAUACAAGCCUGUCAGUAUUAUGUGUUUUUUUUCAUUGGUCUUUAGACAGUUUUGUGUUUAAUCUUUGAAGCGCACUGCUGCAUGUUUGUUACUGAAUUCAUUCCAGGGUCUCCAUGGAGACUUACUAUGGGUGUUAAUGACGAAGAAAUAUGUUCAACUAGAUGAAAAACUGAAUUAUUAAAUCAUGUUCAGUAAUUCCCUAUGGUCCUCUUCAGUUCAACACAAACUAACAGAGCGGGACAAACUUGAAAUCAAACGCAUAUCAAAGGUAGCACACUUCCAGUGAAGGGAAAACGAAAGCAACAUUUUAUUCUGUUUUCUCAUGUCAUGUUUUAUGAUGCUCCAAUGCUGCUGACUUUCUGUCCAAGAUGAAGCGGUGCAGAACUGGUUCUCAUUACUGAAGUUCUUCUACUUUCUUUUCUUUCAAUUUCUACUGAUGUAAUUCUUCUUUGGAUUCAUUGUUGACUAAUCGCUGCGGUUAGAAAAGCCAGCGUGGUCUAUCAAAAUCUCCCCCUUCCUUGAUCCAAUUGUCCCAUUAACAAAUGUCAACCCAUUAUUUUGUCGUCAGCCGGGGUUUUACUGCAGACGCUCAGGCAAGCAACCGACUCGGUGCCUCUUAUACGCACUUCCCGGCGUUCUGCCAUCCAAAUCCGGGUUUUUGUCAAGUCAUUUAUUUUUAUGAUGUUGGUGUUAAUUUCUCAAGCUAUUACCUGCCGCCCGUCGCCCCAAAACUACCGCUGUCUCCACACAUGCCGGGUCACAAUACUGUGGAUACAGUUCCCUCCUCCACUCUUCUGCUAACAUGUUGAUGUUGAAGUCAAGCAAAAACAGACGCAGCUAGUGGACGAUACGAUGGCUCUUUCUGUUGCUGCUGACAGUGUUUUGUUAAAGAAAAUGAGCACUGUAAUGAUGAUUAAUUCUUGUUAUUAUAAGUUAUUAUAUCCACCCAAAAGCGAACGAUUGAAACCACAUCCUUCUGCAACACAUGGAUGGGCAAGGACCAGACGCACAUUCUUCUCCAGUGUUUCUGCCUCCUGUUUACUGGGUUUUCUCAGCAGUUUUGUUUGCAGUGAUGCCCAAAUAAUAAAAAAAAAAACAAAGUCCAAUGUUUAUUAGGCCCAUAGUUUCUAUUAGAACAUGUAUUAUUUGUGACCUGUCUGUCAGAAAACUUGAGGAAAAAUUGUGGCCAUAAAUAAAAGGCGUAAAAAAAAGUUACCAUGUAGUGAUAUGAAGUGGAGUUGAUGCGUGCUGAGUAAAACUUGACUAACAAGUGUGUCUAAACUAGAGGUUAGACGGGAAGUGACUCAAAGAUCGGUGAGAGAUUAAAUAUUAUGAGCCUGUGGAGAUGACGUCUCACAAACACAUGCAGUUACGCUGUGUUUAGACUGAUAGAUAACUAGGGAAACAUCUGUUCGUCUGAAAGGAAACACUGUAAAUCAGUCUCUUUUAAAAGAAGGUUUGGCGGCAGGAGAUGAAACAGUUAACAGACUAUUUACUAUUGAAUUCACAUGGAUAAUAAUGCUUCAGUUAUGAGGCCACAUCCAUGUCAUCAAACCUAUAAAAAAUAGGGGUGGGAUUCGAUAAAAAAAUCUUAUUGAUUUAUCCUCACCUAUAAAUAUGUCCUGAACUGGGAACAUAUAAGAACAGUCGUAGUUCAGUCCCACUUUCACAGCUUCAGCUUUCCAUGCCACUGCUGAUGAGUCCGGCUGGACCUGGAUUCCAACUCUGCAGGCUCUGUCUCUGUCACGUGCAGAGGUCUAGAACUGCUGCGGCUGGUGCGGAACAUGGUGAGGAGUCGGGACAGUAGUAUGUUGUCUGUUUAGGCUUUGGCCGUGAGCAUGACGUUUGGCUCAGCUAGCUGGGCUGUGUGAGCCUGGGAGAGAGAGCAACACGCGUGGAGGACAACACCCAGAACAGGGUGUCACCACCAGGGAACCCAAGCUCUCCUCUUGCUACUUACUCAUCAAGCCUUGCUUGUCUUUUCACUCUUUUCAUUACCGACACGAGUCAUCUCUGUCAUUUCCACCCUGAAAUUUUCUGUGCAAUAAUAGGACAGUCUCUGCCUGCGCUUUGAUUCUGGGGGUAUUCUGGAGGUUUGAGAGAGAGUUGUGUUUGACAGUCUUCCUCUCACCUCUGCUACCAGCUUUAGGUCCUCAGGUCAUCACAGUGUGCGUCGACGGUUAAUGGCCUGUCUCACCGUUCUACCUUUGACUUGUGGACUGUCGAUGGUAGCCAUACAUCAGUUGAAGACAACGGGUGGGCGCCAUGGUAAUCCCGCCACACGUGACAGCGGGUCUUGUAAUCCUCACAGGAAUCUCACACUUCCUAUAUAUCUAAGUAAAUAACAGCAUCAGGAUGUACAUUUCACUGUCAGCAUUAACACCGGGGUUGGAUAUGUCUAUAUGUGCACUUGCUGGAAUUUUUU